AAAAUUAAUCCCAUUUAUAAAUAACAAUAAGAACUUUUUGGAUGUUUUUGGGGCGUGGCUUUGUAAUAUUAGAAAUCAACUGCUUUGAAGUUGUUUUCAAUUUUUUUUUUAUUUUUUUUUUUUUUAAUUUUUUUUUUUUUUUUGGUAUUGACCGUUUGAAUUAAGAACAUAUAUUACAUUGGGAUAACACGUAUAAAUUAAUAUAUCUAACAUUGUUUAUCCUUUUUCUAAUGUAUAAUACGAAUUAACAUUUUUGAGGAUUAAGAAUCAAUUGAAGAAAUCAAUGUAGAAGCCAGUUUGAAAGUUUGAAAAUGUCAUUGCAACAGGAGUAGAAGAAAUUAGAAGCAUACGUACUACAAGCAUGGAGAAGAGAGGCAGUGCUGAACUCCUGAAUGUAGAGCAAAACAACUCAAAAAAUGCCAGUUCAGAUUCCCUUAAUUCAGACAGCAAAAGCAGUUCACUCAAUUCAAAGAUGGGUCAAGAAUCGGAGAGUUGGGAAAAAGCAUCCCAUACGAAAAGCUUUUCUUCGAGUUCUACUUCUACAGAUAAUAACAUUGUCUCUGCUUUGGAGGCAAAAAAAGACAAUCAAGUAAAAAAUUUAUCAGGAAAUGAUACUGGUCCACCACUCUUAAAUGGGGAACGAGUUCAAGGGAUCGCCCAUGAAGUGACAUACUUGUGUCCUUAUUCGGGUCCAGCUAUAGGAAUUCUUAGUGUUACAAAUUAUAAACUUCACUUUCGUAGUGUAGACCGUGAAACGCCUUAUGUCGUGGAAGUGCCCUUGGGUGUUGUCAGUAGAAUCGAAAAAGUUGGUGGUGCAUCAAGCAGAGGAGAAAAUUCAUAUGGUAUAGAAGUGUUUUGUAAAGACAUGAGAAAUCUUCGAUUUGCCCAUAAGCAAGAAAAUCAUUCUAGAAGAGAUGUCUUUGAAAAACUUCAACAAUAUUCAUUUCCGUUGUCGCAUAAAUUACCAUUAUUCGCAUUUGAAUAUUCCGAAACAUUUCCUGAGAAUGGUUGGAACGUUUAUGAGCCCAUUGCCGAAUUAAAACGAAUGGGUGUAAAUAAUGAUAUGUGGAAGAUAUCAAAGAUUAAUGACACUUAUACAUUAGCCGAUAGUUAUCCCGCUGUUUGGGCAGUACCUGCGGCUGCGACAGAUGAAGAUUUACAAGCAUCGGCAGCUUUUAGAAGUAGAGGAAGAUUGCCAGUACUUUCGUGGAUUCAUUCAGAAAGUCAGGCAACGAUAACGCGUUGCGCACAGCCGUUAGUCGGCGUUGGUGGUAAAAGAAGUCGAGAGGAUGAGAGGUACGUGCAGUUGAUAAUGGAUGCCAAUGCACAAAGCCAUAAACUAUUUAUAAUGGAUGCUCGACCAAUGCCUAAUGCAAUAGCGAAUAAAGCGAAAGGUGGUGGUUAUGAAAGUGAGGAUGCUUAUCAGAAUGCUGAGCUUGUUUUUCUUGAUAUUCAUAAUAUUCACGUUAUGAGAGAGAGCCUGAGAAAAUUAAAAGAAUUAUGUUUUCCAACAAUCGACGAAGGCAAAUGGUUAUCUGGUAUAGAAUCGACAAUGUGGCUUAAACAUAUUAAAUGUGUCCUCGCUGGUGCAGUUAGAAUUGUGGAUAAAGUAGAAAAUCAUAAGACUUCCGUACUUGUACACUGUUCGGAUGGAUGGGAUCGAACAGCACAACUAACAGCUCUUGCCAUGUUAAUGUUGGAUCCAUAUUACAGGACCAUUAAAGGAUUUGAAGUUCUCAUAGAAAAGGAAUGGCUUAGUUUCGGUCAUAAAUUUCAACAGAGGAUUGGUCAUGGCGAUGAACACCAUAGUGACGCUGAUCGUUCUCCAGUAUUUUUACAAUUUAUGGAUUGCGUUUGGCAAAUAACGCGACAAUUUGUUAAUGCAUUUGAAUUUAAUGAGCAUUUUUUAAUUACCAUCCUCGACCAUCUUUACUCUUGCAGAUUUGGCACGUUUUUAUUCAGCAGCGAACGCGAGAGAGUACAAGAACAGGUCAAACAAAGAACCGUAUCGUUAUGGUCCUACACCAAUAGUCAAUUAUCCCUUUAUCAAAAUCCUCUUUACUUGGCUGGACCGAAUUAUCAACUCGUUCUAAUGCCAAUAGCAAGUAUGAGGUAUAUCAAACCUUGGAAGGGUCUCUAUUGUAGAUGGAAUCCGAUUAUGAGACAACAGGAUCCUGUUUAUCAACGAACGAGAGAACUUCUAGUCUUGAAAGAGCAGCUUGAGAAACAACUUGAGGAAGGUCGCCGUGAACAAGCUUCUCGAGCUAAUCGAUCUCAUACCUCGCCUGCACCUCCUAGGAUACAUUCCCCGGUUCACUCAUAGCACGGCGAGGAUGUAUUAUCGUUUAAUGAUCUGUAGUUUCUUUCUUUCUUACUUUUUUUUUUUUUUUUUUUUUUUUAUAUUAUUAUUAUUAUGAUUAUAAAUGUGCCCUACGCUUAUCUAUCUCUUUUAAGUCAGUGUACAAGAUAUUUUUAUUGAACUCGCUUCGUUGUGUACAAAAUGUUAGACACAAAAUAAAAAAAGUUUAUAAAUCAUC